GGUCUUUGACAUGGUACCCCGGAGGAGAAAAAAACCGCGUGUGGGCGGAGGAAAAGCCUUGUAUUCCGUCUGUCCAGAAAUUUGAUUCAGAAGUUCGGAAUCGUGGAAGACAAAAAGCAAACUGAGGGGGAGGGAAGGACGGAGGUUUAAACUCUCCUAAAUAAUCUACAAUCUCCAACUAAACUAGUGUCAGCCUGGUUUCCUCAUCUAGCUCCUCUCAGGCUGUGUGAUUAUGAACAACUCAGAGCUUCAGGCCACUAAUCGGCAGAAUGUGAAGGAGCUCGACAGCAUGAAGGAGUCCAUUAGUGACAUCAUCAACCAGCUCCAGGACAUCGACCCAGCCAGGCUCUCCUUCUCCCCCUUCUUGGAUCUGGACACUCAGAUCUCCUUGGCGCCGGUGUCAGACAGUCCAGAGUCCUCGGUGGAGGAGCUGCACUCGUCCUCCCAUUCUGUCUCGGGCUCCCAGCACUCUCUGCAUCUGCCACCAGCAACAGAGCAGCCAAUGAGUUCUACAUCGUGCCACCAGCAGCCCAACCUCCCAGAACAGCUUGAAGCAGAUCAGAUGGGGGAAGAGGAGCUGGAUCAGACUCUUUCCAGUCCAAUCGUCACAGCACACACUUUGGACACAACCACGGAAAACUGCAUCAGCCUUCCAACGCCUGCCUCUCAGAGCGAUAUUCCCAACGGCACAGACACACCGAGAUGGAGCCCAGAAUGCACCAAUCUUGAGAGUACGGUGGACGAGGGCCGGCCUCUGAUAGGCCCGCCACCAGAGAGCGUGGAGCUGGCUGUGUGGAGCUCAGAAGGCCCAGCAGAGACUUGUGGAGCUACAGAGGGGGUAUCGGAUCAGGGGAGAUGCUGCCGUCGCUGCUGCAAGAGUAAAUGCUGUCAGAGUGGCCGAGUUCCUGCAUUCCUCUCAGUUCUAGCCUCUCUGCUCUGUGCAGCUGGGCUCCUCUAUGCAUUCUAUUUCUACGUCCCCAUCAGACCCCCAGACUGCCCUGACAUAACCAGCCGAAUCAUCUUCACCUUCUGCUGCUGUGCAGUGGCUGCGCUCCCCAUCGUACUCGCGAUUCUCGUAGAUGCAGUGUGCCAGUUCUGCACCGGUUCCUUCAACCAGGAGGAGCCUUUUCUUAGAAGACUGACUCCUCAGCAGCUGUUUGUCACAUCAUCCUUGGAACAAUUACUGCUCUACAUUCUCAACCUUAUGGUUAUGGCUGCUUUACUGCCUCAAGACCAGCUGAAGUUGGUGCCUAUCCUGGUUGUCAUGUUCAUCUUCGGCAGACUCGUUUACUGGCUCAGCCUGAACAUGUGCACCUCCUGGAGAGGAUUUGGCUCUGGUCUGACCGUCUUCCCGCUCCUCGCCACGAUUGCUCUCAAUCUGUUCCUCAUGUACACACUCAGUCUCAAAGAGCCCCUUUUUGGCUUCCAGGAUGCCCACUAUAAUCAGGUCACCCCCUCUUCCUGGUCAGGGGAGACAUCACAGAGCGCUAGUGGCAAACCAGACAUCGUACCCACAGACAUCCUGGACUCUCAGUGAGAAGGAGAGCUGCGCUUUCUUCUUUUCUAAAAAUAGGCCAUUCCUGUGGUCGCCUGUUCAGCACAGCUACACCCGUUGCCGCUACAACCUCCAGCUAUGUGACAGCUUGACUCGCUGCUCCUCCUGCGUGCAGCCCGUUUUCAUGUGGAUUCGUGCUUUAUUAUUUGAAAUGCAAGAGCCUGCCAGUGGCUGUGGAUGCCUUUGAACAAUGCUGUAAUCAUAAAACAUUGGUUUUUGUAAGCUGUUCCAGUACCUAUAUUUAUCUACUUCAAAGCUCGGCUAAAUAUGUUUGUGUUUGUUUUAAAUCUGACAAAACCAAACAGAAGCAGCACUUGUCAAUCGUAACCAUUUUUGACAGUCCUGAAACUUUUGUAAAUGAUGAAUACAAAAUAAAAGUUGUUCAUAAUCGUU